CGGCGGCAUAAGGAUUGCCUCCACGCUGGAAGAAGACAGAAUAUAUACACGAGCGCGCAAGGGGCAACUACCACCGCACCGAGAAGCUGAGAAAAGUUGGACAAACACUCCUAACGGAUUCUUCAUUAAAAUAUUUGAAUAUACUUCUUAGAAGUUGACUGAAAGAACACCACUGUGAUUAGUCAGUGUUGAUUCGUGUGUGCGUGCUGAGAACGGUCUCGCUGGGACUUUUGGACGUCAGCUGGUUACCAGGAAGUCGUUUAUUUGUAUUUUUCGGUUUCACUUCUAUGUAUACGAAGAUGGAAACUACUUUCUACGACGACGGUGCUGGCUACGGAUACAGCGGCUCCAAGGCGCUCAAGCACAACAUGACGCUGAACCUGGCCGACCCCGUCGGUAGCCUGAAGCCUCACCUACGGGCCAGGGCCGGCGAUCUGCUCACUUCCCCGGACGUGGGCUUGUUGAAGCUGGCCUCCCCGGAGCUGGAGCGGCUCAUCAUUCAGUCGAGCAACGGGCUGAUCACCACCACGCCGACACCGACGCAGUUCUUGUGCCCCAAGAACGUCACCGACGAGCAGGAAGGCUUCGCCGAGGGGUUCGUGCGCGCCCUGGCCGAGCUCCAUCACCAACACAUGCCCGGCGUGAGCGUCCCUUCGGCGGCGCCAGCGGCGUCCGUCGCCGGGGUGGCUGUGUACAGCGGCACCGUGCGCUCUGACUCGCCGGUUUACGAGGAUUUAAACACGUUCCAGCCAGCUAUCAGCACCGUGUCAUCUCCGAGUUACACUUCCUCCGUCCCGAGUUACACCACCACAGCACUGAGCUACACUUCCACGGCCCCAAGCGCGUCCUUCCCGAUUUACGCCCAGCCAUCCUCCUCGACCUCUUCCUCCAGCUCCUCCUCCCAUCUCCCGAUGCUCUCCGCGCUCAAGGAAGAGCCGCAAACUGUGCCUGAGAUGCCGGGUGAGACGCCUCCGCUGUCCCCCAUUGACAUGGAGAACCAGGAGCGCAUCAAGGCUGAGCGUAAGCGCCAGCGCAACCGCAUCGCCGCCUCCAAGUGUCGCAAGAGGAAGUUGGAGCGCAUCUCGCGGCUGGAGGAUAAAGUGAAGAACCUCAAGUCUCAGAACUCUGAACUGGCGUCCACUGCCAACAUGCUGCGGGAACAGGUGGCGCAACUCAAGCAAAAGGUGAUGAACCACGUCAACAGCGGCUGUCAGCUCAUGUUGACGCAGCAACUCCAGACCUUUUGAACCGCCGAGAAGAAGACAAAACUUUUAAGUUGAACCAAAAAAAAAAUCCUGCACCUAGUUUGGGAUGACGCGGCGCCACAGCGUCCGGAAGGAACGAUGGGCUGUGAAAAAAAAAAGUACCCCAGUGCCAUGAGGUCAGUCCCAGAGUGGGAUGAUCUGGUCAUGCCGGCGACAAAACAGAAUUUGUUUUUCUGUUUGUGUCGUCAAACUGGACAAGACUUCUUUUUCUUGCUUUUCAUGGAUCAGUGGAGAAUACAUUCAGUAUUAGAGCCGACUUGAUAUGAACCUGCAAUGGACUUGUUUUCUUGCUGCAGCUCAUCAUCAUUAUUAUUGGCCCAGCUCCUAAGCAUCUGGACACACGUUCUGGGGAGGGGGACACAUUGUCUGACUUCUUGAGUUACAACACAACUUUUUCUUUAUUGUAAGAAGUUAGAAAGAAUAUUCAAGAUUAACUUUGUUUAAUGAGGUUUCACUCAUUGCUAUAUGUAUAUAAGAUCAACUUGGAGUACUUAUGUUUACCAUUUGUAAUAAGUAUCUUUUUUUUUAUGUUUGAAAGUCAUCAAUAUUUAAGAAGAAAAUAAACUGUCUAAAAUGA